GUGAAUACCCCCACAGAAGACCCCACGUGUCUAUGGGAAUGCGCUGCACUGGCGGCCUCAGUAAAAGACUACGCCGCCAAGUUCAACUACAGAACGAGUGAUCUGGGCAAGCAACGAAGGUACGCAUACACACAUGCAUCGGGCAUGCUGUGUGGAUUGAAGGACCGUGUAAUGUGUAGGCAAUGA